AGGCUUCCAGGAAGAUGAUUCUAGUUGAUCUUUGUAUUGAGGAACUAAAAUAUUCACUGGGUCUUGGCCCCAUUUUAAUGAAUUCCCCCCUUCCUCCCACCCCCAGCCCCAGCUCUCAGGAUGCCAAAGAUCUUGGUGCUGCUCUUCCUGACAUGGGUCAGCUUCAUCUUCUACGCUGGCAUUGCCCUCUUCACCAGUGGCUUCCUGCUCACUCGUUUGGAGCUCACCAACCAUAGUAGCUGUGGGGACCCCCCAGGCCCUGGAUCCCUGCCAUGGGGAAGCCAGGCGGAGCCUGGGGGCUGCUGGAUGGCUUCCCGGUUUGCCCGAGUUGUUUUAGUUCUGAUUGAUGCUCUCCGAUUUGACUUUGCCCAGCCCCAGCACUCACGGGUUCCCGGGGCACCUCCAGUCUCCCUGCCCUUUCUGGGUAAACUGGGCACCUUGCAGAGGAUACUGGAGAUUCAGCCCCACCAUGCCAGGCUUUACCAAUCUAAAGCUGACCCUCCUACCACCACCAUGCAGCGCCUUAAAGCCCUCACCACUGGAUCACUGCCUACCUUUGUUGAUGCUGGGAAUAACUUUGCCAGCUAUGCUAUAGUGGAAGACAAUCUCAUCAAGCAGUUCUCCAAUGCAGGAAGGCGUGUGGUGUUCAUGGGAGAUGAUACUUGGAAAGAUCUCUUUCCCGGAGCGUUCUCACAAGCUUUCUUCUUUCCAUCCUUCAAUGUUAGAGACCUGCAUACUGUGGACAACGGCAUCCUAGAACACCUCUACCCAACCAUGGACAGUGGUGAAUGGGAUGUGCUGAUUGCUCAUUUCCUCGGUGUGGAUCACUGUGGCCACAAGCUUGGUCCUCACCAUCCUGAAAUGGCCAAGAAACUUAGCCAGAUGGACCAGGUGAUCCAGGGACUUGUGGAGCGCCUACAGAAUGAUACAUUGUUGGUGGUGAUUGGGGACCAUGGAAUGACCAUGAAUGGGGACCAUGGUGGGGACAGUGAGCUGGAGGUCUCAGCUGCACUUUUCCUAUACAGUCCCACAGCCCUUUUUCCCAACUUCCCACCAGAGGAACCAGAGGUCAUUCCUCAAAUCAACCUUGUGCCCACAUUGGCCCUGCUACUGGGACUUCCCAUUCCAUUUGGGAACAUUGGGGAGGUGAUAACUGAGCUGUUCUCAGAGGUCAAAGACUCCCAGCCACUCUCCUCCACUUUGGCCCAGGCCUCUGCACUUCAUCUCAAUGCCCAGCAGGUGUCCCGGUUUCUUCGCACCUAUUCAGCUGCUGCUCAGGACUUCCAAGUUCAGGAACUGCAUCGGCUGCAGAAUCUCUUCUCCAAAGCCUCUGCUGACUUCCAGAGACUUCUGCAUAGCCCUCAGGAUGCUGAGGCAGCCCUGCAGACUGUGAUAACAGAGCUGCAGCAGUUCCUGCGGGAAGUUCGGACCCUGUGCAUUGAGUCCUGGGCUCAGUUCUCUCUGGUCCGCAUGGCAGGGGGUGUCACUCUCCUGGCUGCUGCCUGCUUUCUCUGCCUGAUAGUUUCCCAGUGGUCCUGUGGUUCUGUGGUCCAGGACUUCUAUUUCUCCCCUCUCCUAAUAUCCAUGGCUGGGGCUGUAGUGUGUGCUGGAAUCUUGGCAAUUGCUGGACUCAAGCUGGAUCUAGCGGUUCUUGGAGCCAUGGCUGCAGUAGGCUCACUCCUGCCUUUCAUAUGGAAGGCCUGGACAAGACUGGGAGCCAAGAGACUCCUCGCCACCCCUCUACCCAUCCCGGGACCUGUCCUAUCCCUUCUACUCAUUCGUUUUGCUUCUUUCUUCUCUGAUAGCUUUGUGGUAGCUGAGGCCGUGGCUACCCGCUUCCUUUUGGUCUCUCUCAUUUUGCUUGUGGUGGUCCAGCUUCACUGGGAAAGCAAACUGCUGCCCCCUAAGAUCCUCACAAUUCCUCGUUUGGGCUAUUCAGGAUCCCCAGCCCCUCCUCGGCGCCAUGGCACCCAUGUCCUGGGGUUAGGAGUUGGGUUGCUUUUGUGUAUAAGGCUUGCGGGGCUCUUUCAUCGCUGCUCUGAAGAGACGCCUGUCUGCCACUCCUCACCCUGGCUGAGUCCUCUGGCCUCCAUGGUGGGGGGUCGGGCCAAGAAUCUGUGGUAUGUAGCCUGUGUGGGGGCCCUGGUGACCCUGCUCAUGGCUGUGCGCCUAUGGCUUUGCCGCUAUGGAAACCUCAAGAGCCCUGAGCCACCAGUGCUUUUUGUACGCUGGGGACUGCCUGUCAUGGUUCUUGGCAUGGCCGCCUACUGGGCCUUGGCAUCAGGGGCAGAGGAAGCACCACCUCGUCUUCGGGCUCUGGUGGCUGGAGCAUCAGUUGUGCUGCCAAGGGCCAUUGCGGGGCUGGCUGCUUUAGGGCUCCUGCUAGUGCUGUGGAGGCCUGUGACAGGACUAGUGGAAGCAAUGGCAGGUGCACCAAGAACCAGGACUGUCCUCACUCCCUUCUCAGGCCCCCCCACUUCUCAGGCUGACCUGGACUACGUGGUGCCUCAGAUCUACCGACACAUGCAGGAGGAGUUCCGGGGCCGACUUGAACAGACCAAGCCCCAAGGCCCUCAGACUUUGGCUGACUACCAGUUGGGGAGCAUCUACUCGGCCACUUUGGUCACUGCCCUGACACUCUUGGCCUUCCCACUCCUGCUAUUGCACGCAGAGCGCCUUAGCCUUGUGUUCCUGCUCCUGUUUCUGCAAAGCUUCCUCCUCCUGCAUCUGUUGGCAGCUGGGAUCCCUGUCAGCACCCCUGGUCCUUUCACUGUGCCCUGGCAGGCAGUCUCUGCAUGGGCCCUUAUGGCUGCACAGACUUUCUACUCCACAGGCCACCAGCCUGUCUUCCCAGCCAUCCAUUGGCACGCAGCCUUCGUGGGCUUCCCUGAUGGCCAUGAUUCCUCCACCUGGCUGCCUGCUCUGCUAGUGGGAGCCAACACAUUUGCCUCCCAUCUUCUCUUUGCAGUGGGCUGCCCUUUGCUCCUGCUCUGGCCCUUCCUGUGUGAGAAGAGUUCAGGAUCUCAGAAGAGGCGACCACCACCAAUGAAUGAAUCUGAGGCCAGAGUUAGGUUGGAGAAAGAGGAGGAGGUGGAGGAGAAGAAGCUGCUGAUGGAGAAGCGGUUCCGGAAUGCACCUCACCAUUUCAAUGAUUUUAAUGUAGCACUGCUCCAGUUGGGCCUCAAAUACCUCUUUGUCCUUGGUAUUCAGAUUCUGGCAUGUGCCUUGGCAGCCUCCAUCCUCCGAAGGCAUCUAAUGGUCUGGAAGGUGUUUGCCCCCAAGUUCAUCUUUGAAGGCGUGGGCUUCAUUGUGAGCAGCGUGGGACUUUUCAUGGGUAUUGCAUUGGUGAUGCGAGUGGAUGGUGCUGUCAAACAGCUUGUUCAGUCCCAGCAGAGGUAGCCCAGGCUGCAGGUGAUGGCCUUUGGCCCUGGAGAAAGCUGGAGAAUAGGUCACCAUGACCCACACAGGUGCUGGAUCAUCUGCAAGAGCAGUCAUACCUCUUAUGCACUCUUAUGGGACACUUCACUUUUUUAUAUUCAAAAUCAUAUGGGGAGAUUGCACCCCUAAGCCAUGUUUUGGAGGCAUCUGAGGGAUUGUGUUGAUAGUAUGCCUCCAAAUUGGAAUAAAGUAAUAAUAGAUAUGUGCAUCUGAGAUUCCAGGAAGCAAGAAAGCGUCUGAUGUUCUGUAGGGAGUAGGGGCAGUGCCACUGUCUCCUAGAAGGUUCAGGGGAGAUCAGCCCUCUUACAGACUUAGAGUCCCCCCUGGGACUGCUGGGAAGUAGUUGGAGUGGUCUGAGUUCACACUCACCUCUCCCAAUUCCUUCAUAUUGCACAUUCAUUUUCCUUUUUAUGCAAUAUGUUUGAUGACAGAUGGUGAAAAGCAGCCUCAGCAUGAGGGAAAAUACAAGACUUCCAUUUUCUAAUGCCACAUAUUGUCCUCUCUUUCUUCCACUACUUUGUCCCUUCACUUUAUAGCACCCUUAGACCUUUCACAUCUGAGGAGUUUAACAGAAGUAUUACUUACGUUUUGCAAGUUCAAUCCUCUAAACCUCACGGUCCUCCAGUUAAAGUUCUUUUUGGUUUUUGGCUACACCUAGUGGUUAUUCCUAGUGGUUACACCAGGGUUUAUUCCUGGCUCUAUGCUUAGGAAUUACUCCAAGUGGAUUUGGGGCACCAUGCAGAAAACCAUGGAGCAAGCCUGGAUCAGCUACAGGCAAGGUAAACACUCUACCUACUGUAUUAUCUCUCCAGCCCCUUAAAGUAUUUUAUUUGCAUGCAGUUGAUCCUAGUUUGAUAUCUGCCACCAUGUGUUCCCCUGUGCACUGUCAAGA